UCCAUCAUCAGUUACCUCAAAAUUUAAAUUUCAAGUCUUUCUCUCCCUUUUCCCACUCUCUAAAUCCUGAAACCUUCAACAACCCGCGGUAAAGCACUCAACCAAAGCUCUUUCAUUUAGGGUUUCGAUCUCCAAAACCCUACGCCCUUCAUUUCUUCCAUUUUUAUUCCCAAUUUUUUAUACUUUCGAGCGAUGUACAUUAAGGAGGUUUGCUUGGAAGGUUUCAAAUCAUAUGCGACGCGAACCGUUGUUCCGGGUUUCGACCCGUUCUUCAAUGCCAUAACGGGCCUGAACGGUUCCGGCAAAUCGAACAUUCUCGAUUCGAUUUGCUUCGUGCUGGGUAUCACCAAUUUGCAGCAGGUUCGAGCUUCGAACCUCCAGGAGCUUGUUUACAAGCAGGGACAAGCGGGGAUUACAAAAGCGACGGUGUCAAUUGUUUUCGAUAACUCUGAUAGGAGUCGAAGCCCUCUCGGAUAUGAAGACCAUUCCGAGAUUACAGUAACAAGACAGAUAGUAGUUGGAGGGAGGAACAAGUAUUUGAUCAAUGGGAAGCUUGCACAGCCUAGUCAAGUCCAGAAUCUUUUUCAUUCGGUGCAGCUAAAUGUUAAUAAUCCACAUUUUCUCAUAAUGCAAGGGCGCAUCACUAAGGUUUUAAAUAUGAAGCCACCAGAGAUAUUGUCUAUGCUUGAGGAAGCUGCAGGGACGAGAAUGUAUGAGACCAAGAAAGAGGCUGCUCUAAAAACACUUGAAAAGAAGCAAAGUAAGGUUGAUGAGAUUAACAAGCUUCUUGAUCAGGAGAUAUUGCCUGCAUUGGAGAAGUUGAGAAAAGAAAGGAUGCAGUAUAUGCAAUGGGCUAAUGGCAAUGCUGAUUUAGAUAGGCUUAGAAGAUUUUGUAUUGCUUAUGAGUUUGUUCAAGCAGAGAGGAUUAAAGACAAUGCUAGAUCUGAGGUGGAACAAGCAAAAUCAAAGAUAACCGAGAUUGAUGAAAGUGCUAAGAAGGCUCAGGUAGAAAUAAAGGAAAUGGAAAUAAAAAUAGCUCAGUUGACUUCUGAAAAAGAGGCGAGAAUGGGUGGAGAAGUGAAAUCUCUCUCAGAUAAAGUAGAUGCACUUUCUCAGAGUCUUGUCAAGCAAACAUCUGUGUUAAAUAAUAAGAUAGACACUCUCCGAAGUGAAGAAACCAACAAGGUUAAUAUUGUGAAAAAUAUUGAAGAACUGAAGCAAUCUGUAGAAGAGAAGGCCAUUGCUGUUAAAAAAGCUGAAGAGGGAGCUGCAGAUCUUAAAAAGAGGGUCGAUGAGCUUACUAAGAAGCUGGAUGAGCAUGAGAAAGAAUAUCAGGGUGUUAUAGCUGGCAAGAGCAGUGGGAAUGAAGAGCAAUGCUUAGAGGAUCAACUAGGUGAUGCAAAGAUAGCAGUUGGGAGUGCUGAAACAGAACUGAAACAGUUGAAAACCAAAAUUAGCCAUUGUGAAAAGGAACUGAAAGAGAAAACUAAACAAUUAAGGUCAAAGCGUGAAGAAGCUGUUUCUGUAGAAAAUGAGCUUGCCGCUAGAAGAAAAGACGUGGAAAAUGUUAAGAUCGAAUUGGAGUCUAUUCCAUAUAAAGAAGGAGAGAUGGACGCUCUGCAAAGGGAUCGUGCAUCUGAGGUGGAUUGUGUACAAAAGUGGAAGGAUGAAAUACGCAAUAUUUCGGCAUACUUGUCAAAUGUUGAAUUCACGUAUUGUGAUCCUGUCAAAAACUUUGAUAGAUCAAAGGUGAAAGGUGUCGUUGCAAAACUCAUCAAAGUAAAGGAUAAGUCCACAAUGACUGCCUUAGAGGUUACAGCAGGUGGAAAGUUGUUUAAUGUUGUUGUUGACACAGAAGAUACUGGAAAGCAGCUACUACAGAAUGGCAAACUCAGAAGAAGAGUGACAAUCAUACCCUUGAACAAAAUACAAUCCUAUAGUGUUCCCGCUAGAGUUCAACAAGAGGCUACUAGAUUGGUGGGGAAAGAGAAUGCUGAAAUAGCACUUUCUUUGGUUGGUUAUGAAGAAGAAUUGAAGAGAGCAAUGGAGUACGUUUUUGGUUCAACUUUUGUUUGCAAGACCAUGGAAGCUGCAAAGGAGGUGGCAUUUAAUCGGAAUAUUCAUACAACAAGUGUCACUCUUGAAGGAGAUAUAUUUCAGCCAAGUGGCCUUUUGACUGGUGGAAGCCGAAGGGGUAGUGGUGAUCUUUUGAAGCAACUGCAUGAUUUGGCUGAGGCUGAGUCAAAACUUUCAGUGCACCAAAGAAGGUUGUUGGAGAUUGAAGAAAAGAUUACAAAGCUUCUCCCUCUUCAGAAAAAAUUUAAAGACCUCAAAGCACAACUAGAACUUAAGUCAUAUGAUCUUUCACUAUUUCAGAGCAGAGCUGAGCAAAAUGAACAUCAUAAGCUUGGGGAGUUGGUGAAGAAGCUUGAGCAAGAACUUGACGAAGCAAAAGUUGCAGUAAAAGAAAAACAACUUUUUUAUGAAGAAUGUGUCAAGACUGUUUCAUCCCUUGAGAAAUCAAUCAAAGAACAUAACAGUAGUCGAGAGGGUAGGCUGAAGGAAUUAGAGAAAAAGAUAAAGUCAAUCAAAUCCCAAGUGCAAUCUUCUUUAAAAGACCUGAAGGGACACGAUAAUGAAAAGGAGAGACUUGUGAUGGAAAUGGAAGCUGUUAUGAAGGAGCAAACAUCCUUGGAGAAUCAACUAGCUUCUUUGAUAACACAGAUCAGUAAUCUUACAUCAGAAGUAGAAGAGCAAAGUUCUGCAGUUGAUUCUGCAAGGAAUGAUCUUGAUCAAGUUCAGUCACAGCUGAACUCAGUUCGCCUGAAAAUGAAGGAAUGUGACAAGGAAAUCAGUGGUAUUAUGAAGGAACAGAAAAAAAUUGAAGAUAAACUUAGUGAGAGUAAUCUUGAAAGGAAAAGGAUAGAAAAUGAGGUAAAACGGAUGGAGAUGGAACAGAAAGACUGCUCUGUGAGAGUGGAUAAAUUGUUAGAGAAGCAUGCUUGGAUUGCUUCUGAAAAACAGUUGUUUGGUAGAAGUGGAACUGAUUAUGAUUUUUCUUCCCGUGAUCCUGGUAAAGCAAAAGAUGAACUUGAAAAGCUUCAAGCUGAACAGUCUGGGCUUGAGAAACGGGUCAACAAGAAAGUAAUGGCAAUGUUUGAGAAGGCAGAAGACGAGUACAACGAUUUAAUGUCAAAGAAAAAGAUAAUUGAGAAUGACAAGUCUAAAAUCAAGAAAGUGAUUGAAGAGUUGGAUGAAAAAAAGAAGGAGACACUAAAUGUGACCUGGGUCAAAGUAAACAAUGAUUUUGGAUCCAUAUUUUCUACACUACUACCGGGUACGAUGGCUAAGUUAGAACCUCCAGAAGGAUGCAGUUUUCUUGAUGGUCUUGAGGUUCGGGUUGCAUUUGGAGGUGUCUGGAAACAGUCAUUGUCUGAAUUAAGUGGAGGUCAGCGAUCUCUACUGGCACUUUCUCUGAUUCUGGCACUGCUGCUAUUCAAACCUGCUCCACUAUACAUCCUUGAUGAGGUUGAUGCGGCUCUUGAUUUAAGCCACACACAGAACAUAGGGAGAAUGAUAAAGACUCAUUUUCCACACUCCCAGUUUAUUGUUGUUUCACUGAAGGAAGGCAUGUUUAAUAAUGCAAAUGUUCUUUUCCGGACAAAAUUUGUUGACGGUGUUUCAACGGUUCAGCGAACUGUUGCUGCUAAGCAAAGCAAGUGAAAUAUUGAAUUUUUUAUUGGUUCAAUCCUGCAAAUGAAUUCACCUUGCUAGAAAAAGAAAAUGUUCAUUCAACUUGUGAACAACAAACACUGUAAGGCUCUUAUGUAUUAGUAUUUAGUCUCUGUAGAGUAAGAACUUAAUGUUGGACCUGGUUUAAGUAAAUCCAUACUGAUCCAUUUCAGAUGGAUUAUAAUCAUCAAUGUAAAAGUGUAUGGAGAGUUUUGCUGUAAAAUAUAGUUUAAUUUUCUUGUAUUCAUACCCCUUACGCAAGCCUUAGCCAGUGGUUUUGAAACCAGCCAGCCAGUGCACCUUGCAUGAAAUGCACCUUGGUUUCGAAACCAGCCAGUGGCUAGUAGUGGUGUAUCUAAACGCCCUCU